UUUUAUCUCCGUAUCGAUCGUUUUAUAACGAAGGGAAGGAUAGUUUAAAAACACUCGUAGAGCCCGUAUUGAUCGAUUUCGAUUAAUCACUAAAUUGUCAUAAUGAUGUCUCGCUGGCGCCAGAACUCUGUGAUUGGAGUGGGUGAUAAAAUGCAACUGCGCAGAAUCAGACAGCUCGAUACUGAAAGUACAAGAUGGCGACAGUCAUAUGGCAGAAGCGGCAGCGUGCGAUGUACUGUAAAAAUGCCGAUCUUACGAAAAUUCAACAUAAAGAGAACGAUAAGGAGAGCUUUAAAUAAAAUGCCUGGAAAAUUUUUAGGGGAAUUUCGACUUUUACCCAUAAUGUUUUUAAUGGGUGGUUUGUUAGAGUUCGUUAUGAUACACUGGCAUGUCGGAGAGGUUAACUUCUAUAGAACAUAUAAAAAAAGAAGAAUAGAAGAAGCAGUUGAACGAAGAUUAGCAGAAAUGAAUGCACAAGUGAAUAGAUAAAUGCAUAUCGUAGCAAACAGUAGUAACAAAUUAAUGAACGAAGAUGGAACAUGUGAGCAUUUGCAAUAGCAAAUUUUUGAAUAUAACAUUUAACGUCAAUAUCUCACUUUCACAGCGAUGAAGCUUUUAAUAAUGCAUUAUACUUUCAUAGGUCUUCUGAAGACUAAUAUUACGAAGAUGCAAAGAAUGUAAUUUAUGCAAAAACAUGUACAAAGUGUAAUAAAUUGUUUUACAGAUGUAUUAUAACACGA